AUGAACAUAAAGCGUAUAAUGAACACCGCGGCAAAGAAAGCGGCACAUGUCUUUGAAGAGCGAGUACAGUUGAGUCCGCAGAUGGCACGUUCAGUUCGUGUCACAUAUGAUCCUCAUAAUGUAACAAAUACCGCAGAACAUAGGCGCGGCGCCAUGUCGUGUGGGCGGCGCGGCUGCUGCGCGGCGCUGCUGCUGGCGGCCGCCGCCUGGUGCGCAGCGGGGCCCGGCCCGCCCGCGCUGCACUUCUCCCACUCGCUCUACAACGUCAGCAUCCCUGAAAACUCGCCGCCGCGCACCUAUGCCGACUCGCCGCCUGCCACCGACCCGCUUGGCGUGCAACUGCCAGCGCAAGACGCACGAGUACGCUUCCGUAUUCGCCAUGGCGACCGCGACAAAUUCUUCAAAACCGAGGAGCACACCGUCGGAGAUUUCUGCUUUCUCUUCAUACGCACGCGUGCUGGCCACUCCGAUGUGCUUAACCGUGAACGCCGUGACUCUUACCGCUUAGACGUGCGUGCUACUGCACAGAUGCCCGAUGGUACGCAGCUUGAAGCUGAUACAGUUGUCGUGGUCGAGGUUACGGAUGAAAAUGAUCUCAGUCCGUUAUUUUAUCCGACGGAGUAUGAAGCACUCGUACCGGAGGACACACCACUACACUCCAGUAUUGCGCGCGUCACCGCUGAGGAUGCUGACAUUGGUAUCAACGGAGAAAUUUACUACAGCCUUGCUGAAACGACUGACCGUUUUGCGGUACACCCAACGAGUGGUGUAGUAACAAUCACGCGCGCACUUGUGGCAACAGAAAACCCCAGCCAUGAGAUAACUAUACUGGCACGAGACCGCGCGUCAUUACUUAUGCGCGGCGAAGAUGCUCCAGCUGCUCGCGCUACGUUAGUAAUUCGCGUAGCGCGCGUAAAUCUGCAUGCUCCAGAGCUCCGUGUAAGGCGUCUACCUGAACUUGUUGAGAAUUCUACUGCUGAGAUCUACGCCAUUAUUAAAGUAACGGACCAAGAUUCCGGAGAACACGGGCGCAUCGCCAGCUUAGAGAUUGUUGACGGCGAUCCCGAUGGGCAUUUCCGUGUACGGCCGUCUACACAACUAGGAGAGUAUGACAUUUUAGUGCAUGCGUUGCUUGACCGCGAGACAGCCCCUCACGGCUAUAACCUUACAUUACGCGCGUCUGAUGCUGGACAACCACCACGGUCCUCAUAUCUCACCUUGCCUGUAACGCUCAUUGAUGCCAACGAUAACUCUCCUGUCUUUAGUCGUGAAAUCUAUGAAGCGAACAUUCCAGAGACCGCACCACCAAAUACACCCGUUAUUAGACUCAAAGUUAGCGAUCGCGACGAAGGUCGCAAUGCACGUGUCUACAUUGAGAUAGUCGGCGGCAAUGAAGGUGGAGAAUUCAUUGUCAAUCCAGACACUGGCGUGCUUUAUACAGCAGUUCCCCUUGACGCCGAAGAAAAAUCGCUUUAUACACUUACAGUUUCAGCCAUUGACCAGGGUAACGCUGGAACUCGUAAACAAUCUUCAGCCAAAGUUAAAAUAGCUGUUGUAGACGCUAAUGACAAUAAUCCCGUUUUUGAUAAAGAAGAUAUGGAAGUUACAGUAUUAGAAAAUGGACCCAGCGGCGUGGUAGUAGCCCGUGUCUCGGCAAAAGAUGCUGAUUCCGGUGAAAAUGCUUACCUUUCUUAUAGCAUCGCUAACUUACAACCAGUUCCGUUCGAGAUUGAUCAUUUUUCGGGUGCCAUACGGACAACCAAGAUAUUGGAUUACGAGAGUAUGAGACGAGAAUAUGUUUUAAGGAUACGUGCUAGUGAUUGGGGAUUGCCUUAUCGGCGUCAAGCCGAAAUGCGACUCACUGUACGUCUUCAAGACAUCAAUGACAAUAGACCACAAUUUGAACGAGUUGAUUGUGUUGGUUACCUGCCUAGACGACUAGCAAUAGGACACGAGAUUGUAACUCUCUCAGCUAUCGAUUUUGAUUCCGGCGAUGUCGUCUCGUACCGCAUAAUAGGUGGUAAUGAAGACAACUGUUUUUCACUUGAUUCAAGUACUGGCGUUUUAAGCCUUUCCUGUGAUCUAGCUGACGUGCGAACUGAGACUAGAGUGCUAAAUGUUACCGCGACGGACGGUACGCACUUCGCUGAUUCUGCUUCUCUGACGUUGCACUUAGUAGGUGGCAGCGGUGGCGAUAGCAGUGCGCUUGAAUGUCGCGACACCGGUGUGGCGCACCGUCUAAUCGAGUUACUAGCCGCAGCAGAACGGAGCAAUGCCCCCAUAGACUUUGCCGAAGAUUUUCCCCUGGCACCUUCUCGAUAUGGAGAAAAUCUGCAUAUACCUGAAUUCAUCGACUUCCCCGUCGAGGUUAAAGUAAACGAGUCCGUAGCCUUAGGUACAUCACUGGUGCGCUUGCGUGCUCGUGAUCGUGACCUGGGCUAUAAUGGACUCUUAGUGUACGCUAUUUCAGGCGGCGACGCCGACUCUGCCUUCCGUAUUGACCCAGACACUGGCGAACUCAAAGUAAUCGGAUACUUGGACCGUGAAAGAGAAAGUGAAUACUAUUUAAACGUGACUGUCUAUGACUUAGGUUUACCUCAACGCUCUAGCUCACGACUACUUCCAGUAACUGUACUAGAUGUAAACGAUAACGCUCCACGUUUCGAGAAAACCCUAGCGAGUUUUCGUGUCACAGAAAAUGCUAUAAAUGGUACCGCGAUAUUUCGAUCAAAUGCGACGGAUCGCGAUGCGGGUGAAUUUUCCCAUAUUACUUACAGUUUAAGUGGUGCCGGCGAGGGCGAGUUCUGUGUAGAGCGCGACACGGGCGUUUUAAUGGUGUGCGCUGCCCUUGACCGCGAGCGGCAGGCACUGUACGAGCUCACGAUUCGCGCCACGGAUGGAGGUGGCUUGCGCUCCGAGGCACUGGUGCGCGUUGCGGUAGACGACGUAAAUGACAACGUACCGCGCUUCGCUCUCUCUUCAUACAGUGCGCGCGUACGCGAAGACGUGCCUGUAGGGACACCAGUGGCUGUUCUUGAAGCUUUUGAUCCUGAUCUCAGCGCAGGCGGAGUAAUCACUUACACGCUGCCCGACCAGUCUCCCGACAACAUCGUUUUCACAGUUGACAGUACCUCAGGUACUAUCCGUACUGCAAAAUUGCUCGACUACGAGGAAAAACAGGUGUACGGCGUGACGGUGCGCGCUACAGAUGGGGGGCGACCGGCACUGUGGGGCGAGGCCACGCUGGUGGUGGAGGUGGGCGAUGUGGAUGAAAACCGGCACUCGCCUCAGUUCGAGGCUCGAGGUGCGCUGGCGCUGUCGGUGAGCGAGGCCGCGGUUCCGGGAGCGACCGCCGGCCAACUGCGGGCAGCUGACGCGGACCCACCCGGCCGCGACUCGCGCCUCUCCUACUACGUGCUCGACGGGUCCGGCAUGCCGCACUUCUCCGUGGAUGACACCGGGCUGGUGCGCACGCUAACACCACUGGACCGCGAGACGGCGCCGCACUACUGGCUCACUGUGUGCGCGGAAGACCAGGGCCUCGUACCGCGCCAUGCCUGCAUACAGGUUUACAUCGAAGUGGAGGACGUGAACGAGCUGGCGCCGUGGCCGGAGCUCGCGGCGUACAGCGCGCGCGUGGCGGAGCAGUGCGGCGCCGGCACGCACGUGGCCACCGUGCGCGCCGCGGACGGCGACGCUUCGCUCGCGCCCUCACGCGUGCGCUAUGCCAUCGUGGCCGGCAACCCUGACGGCCUGUUCGCGAUUCACGAGGACACCGGUGAGAUCGUAACGACAGGGCGUACGCUGGACCGUGAGACGGCGGCGACGCACGCGCUGGAGGUGUCCGCGACGGACGGCGAGCUGGUCUCCAGCGUGCGCGUGCGCGUUGCACUGACUGACCUCAACGACCACGCGCCCGCCUUCACACAACGCUUCUACGACUUCCGCGUGCCCGUACGGGAUGAGGAUGAUGAAGUGGUGACGGAGGGUGCAGAAACUAGCGCUGAGGGCGAGGGACAAGGAGAAACUGACAGCGAGGCGGAAGAGGAGGACGAGCGUCUCAUCUGGGAUGAAUGGGACGAGCCGGAUCCUAGUGACAUUUACGUUGCCACGGUGUUGGCGCUGGACAGCGACGAGGGCGAGAAUGGCACAGUGCGGUACAGUGCGCGCGCGAGAGGUGCGGCGCGUGGCCUGUUGCGCGUGCGUGCGCGCUGCGGCCGACUGUACGCCGCGCGGGCGCUUGCCCUGCGGCGCCGCGCGUACGACCUCACCGUGCGUGCUUGCGACGGCGGGCGGCCCGCGCGCUGCGCGCUGAGUCGCGUGCGAGUGCGCGGCGUGCGGGCGGGCGGCGGACGCGCGCCUCGGCUCGCCUCGCCUGCGCCGCUGCAGGCCGCCGAGCUGGACGCGCCCGGCUUCCUGCUGGCGCUGCUGCAGGCCACCGACCACGAUAACGACGCACUCUACUACGACAUCGUCGACGGUGACCCGGAGCGCGACUUCGUGGUGGGGCGCGAGGACGGCAGCCUGGUGGUGGCGCGCCGCCUGCUGUGGGAGCGCCGCGCGCGCUACGCGCUCAACGUCUCCGUCACCGACGGCCACAACACCGUCUACACCACGGUGAAUAUCUCGGUGAUUAACGACGCCAACGAGGGCGGCGUGGAGUUCGAGCAGGAGCAGUACUCGGUGGAGGUGUCGGAGAGCGCGCGGGCGGGCGACACUGUGUUGACGCUGCGGGCACGUGUGCGGGCGGGGGCUGGUGCGGGGGCGGGCGCGGGGACGGGCGCGGCGCCGCGGCUGCUGUACGGACUGCAGGGUGCGCGUGCGCCCGCGGACGUCUCGCUGUUCCGCCUGCACGAGCUCACCGGCGUGCUGGAACUCGCGCGCCCACUUGACAGGGAGAGCGCGGCGCUGCACGAGCUGACGGUGUGGGCGCGCGACCAGGCGCCGCGCGCGUCUCUAGCAUUUGCGCGCGUGUCCGUGAGCGUGCGCGGUGCCGACGAGCACGCGCCCGCCUGGCCGCGCCGCCUAGUGCAGGCGCGCGUGCCGCGUACCGCCGCGCCCGGCACACUGCUGGCGGCCCUGCGAGCUGCCGACCGUGACGUGCCCGCUGAGCUGCCGCGCUACUCGCUGCUGCAUGACGUGGGUCUGUUCACCGUGGACGCGCUGGGCGACGUGAGGCUGGCGCGCGCUCUGCCCGCCGUGGGCCCGCGCGAUUAUACGCUACAGGUGCGCGCGCGAGGCCCGCCGCCCGCAGAGCGCACCGCCACGCUGCCACUGCACGUGCUCGUCGUCGAGCCGGACGAUUCGCCGCCCAGGUUCGUCAACGAAGAGGUGGUAUGCGAGGUUUACGAGAACGAGCCGGCGGGCACCGUGGUGGCGACGCUGGAGGCGCGCAGUAACACCGCCGUGUGGUACUCGCUGAGCGGCGGCGAAGGCAUGUUCCGUUUGAACCCGGCAGCCGGAGUGCUCGCGCUCGCCGCGCCACUCGACUACGAAACCUGCGUGCUCUACAAUCUAACCGUCACCGCACUCAAUAUGGGCGGCGGGUCGGCGGAGGCACACGUGACGGUCCACGUGCUGGACCGCAACGAGUUCGCGCCGGCGCUGCUACGGCGCGAGUACGUCGGGCGCGUGUCGGAGGCGGCGGCGCCGGGCGCGCUGGUGGCGGACGCCGGCGCGGCGCCGGGCUCGCCGCUCGUGCUGCGAGCCGCCGACGCCGACUCGGCCGCGCACCAGCAGCGCGCCUACGAGAUCCUGCAGCCAGCCGCCGCCGCGCUCUUCCGCAUCGACGACACCACCGGCGCGCUUUCGCUCGCCGCCCCGCUCGACUAUGAGCUCGCCGCCGUGCACGAGUUCACCGUCAAGGUAGUCGAUAUGGGAAAUCCACGUCUGCCGUCAGAUAGCGUGGCUAAAGUGAAAGUCGAAGUGAUAAAUGUGAACGACUGUGCGCCGCAGUUCUCGCAGUCAACGUACGAAGCCACCGUUCUGCUGCCCACCGUGGUCGGAGUUCGCGUGCUCAUGCUGUACGCUAGCGACGCGGACGAACCGAAUAACGCUUCGCUGACGUUCGAUAUCCUGGAGUGCAACCCGGAUGGUGCCUUCUCACUGACUUCAAGCGGCGAACUGCUCGUGUCGUCAGUGGAGGCUCUGCGCGCCGAACAUCGCCUGCGUGUGCGAGUCUCCGAUGGACGCUACUCGGCUACAGCGCGCGUGCUGGUGCGCUCUCGUGAGCCCGACAACGCCGGCUUGGCUUUCCAGAAAACCGACUACUACGGUUCCGUGCUCGAGAACACCACCAAGCCCACUACCAUAGCCGUGCUCAACGUGCUCGGUGCUGCACUUAAUGAACAUGUUGAAUUCUCUAUACUUAAUCCUACUGAAGGCUUUGAGAUCGGCGCCACGUCGGGUGCGGUGGUGGGGCGCGGCGCUUUACUGGACCGCGAGGCGCGCGCCGCCUACACGCUGCUGGUGUGCGCGGUCGCUGGGCCACGCCAGGCGCGCGCGCGCAUGCACGUGACCGUGAGCGACGCCAACGACAACUGCCCGCGCUUCGUGGAGCGCCCGUACGCGGCCGCGCUGCCCGCUGGCGCGCCGCCCGCCACGUCUGUGCUGCGCGUGCGUGCCCUAGACCGCGACGCCGGCGACAACGGCGAGGUACGCUAUGAAAUGAAGCGCGGAAACGGUGAACUGUUCCGUGUGGACAGGCGCACCGGCGAGAUCACGCUGAAACAAACACUCGAGGCACAUAAUCAACUCUACACGCUGGUUAUCGCUGCUUUUGACGGAGGCACGCCGGCGUGCGGCGCCGAGACGGAGGUGUCGGUGCGCGUGUGGGGGGGCGGCGCGGCGCCGCGCUGGCCGCAGGCGCGCUACAGCCUGCGCGCGCGCGAGGACGCGCCGCCCGGCCGCGAGCUGGCGCCGCGCUUGCUCGCCGCCUCGCCGCUGGCGCGCCCGUUGCUCUACACGCUGCAAGCCGGCGCCAAAGACCUCUUCGAGGUGCACUUCGACACAGCGCCCGACGGAGAGAACGGCCCAUGCGCGGUGGUACUGCGCGGCACGUUGGACUACGAGCGCGCGCGCGAACACGAACUUGUGUUGCGCGCCACCGACGGCGUGACCGGCGCCUUCGCCGACGUGUCCGUCACGGUGCAGGUGCUCGACGUCAACGACUGCGCGCCAGAGUUCACGCAGGACGAGUAUCGCGCAACCGUUUCCGAGGCCGCGGCUGUUGGUGAUCUCGUCUUAACCGUCCUAGCCACCGACAACGAUACCGGUGCGAACGGGAACGUGACGUACUCGGUUUCGGAGUGGGACGCGGAAGAGGGUGCGGGGAAGGGUGCGGCGCAGUUCUCGGUAUCGGCGCGCGGCGAGGUGCGCGUGGCGGCGGCGCUGGACCGCGAGGCGCGCGCUCGCCACCACCUGCUGCUGGCCGCCUCCGACGCCGGCCGCCCCGCGCUGUGCACCACCGCGCACCUCCUCAUCACCGUGGAGGACGUGAACGACAACGCGCCGCGGAUGGAGCGUACCGUGGUGACGGCAUUAGUGUCAGCGGAGGCGUCGCGCGGCGCGGCACUGGCGCGCGUGGCGGCCUGGGACCCAGACGCGGCCGACGCGCCGCGGCUGCACUACGCGAUUACCACACCCGCACAGCGCGCGCUACGCUUGCACUCAACCAGCGGGCUGCUCACGCUGGCCGACCCGCGCGCCCCACUACCGCGCUCGCUGAACGUGUCCGUGUCGGAUGGCGCGCACGCAGCCUUCACGCGUGUCGAGCUGGUGCCAGCGCCCGCCAACAACGCUGCGCCGCACUUCCCGCACCUCGUGCACGAGGCGCGCGCAAGAGAAAAUCAGCCGCCGCCGCUGCUGCUUACUACGGUGAAGGCGUACGACGAGGACGCGGGCGAGUACGGCACCGUGACGUACUCGAUCCCGUCGGCGCGACUGCGGGAGACGUUCGCGGUGGACGCGCACAGCGGCGCGCUGACGACGCGCGUGCCGCUGGACCGCGAGGCGCGCGUCGAGUGGCAGGUGCCGCUGCUGGCCAGCGACGGCGGCGGCCGCCUGGCGCACACCACCGUGCGCGUGCGCGUGCUUGACCUCAACGACUGUGCGCCGAGCUUCCCGCUGCGCGAGUACCGCGCCGCCGUGCGCCACGACCACACGCCCGGCGUGCCGUUCCUCACGCUGCGCGCGCACGACGCGGACGCGCCCGACAACGCGCGCCUCACCUACUCCGUGUACGAGGGCGAGCUGCACUCCGACGCGAGCGGCCUCUUCGCCGUCGACUCCGUCACCGGCGCGCUCUCCUUUGCUCGCAACGCGACCGCUUUCGCGGGGCGGUCGCUGCAGGUGUGGGUGCGAGCGCGCGACGGUGGCGGGCUGGCGGGCGAGGCGCCGGUGUCGCUGCACGUGCUGGCGGACGGCGCCGCGCCGCGACUCAAGCGGCCGCCGCCCGACCUGUUCCUGCGCGAGGACGCGCCGCCCGGCACGCUGCUGGCCGAGCUGGCCGACGUCACAGACGACGAGGCGCCGCGCUACCGCCUCGCCGACUCGCCGUCGCGCGACCUCUUCGCGGUGGACGCCGCCGGCCGCCUCGUGCUCGUCGCGCCGCUCGACCGCGCGCCCGCUGCUGAACAUGUCAUAGGCGUGAUCGCGGAAGGACCGGGCAGUCCGGCGCCGAGUGUCAUGGUGAUAACAAAACUGCACGUGCUCGACGUCAACGAACACGCCCCCUCGUUCCACUCGCAGCCGUACGUCGUAUAUCUCGCUGAAAACACGCCUCCAAAUUCAAAAAUAAUUCAAUUGAUGGCUGACGAUCCGGACUCGGGGUCGAACGGCGAGGUGCGGUACUCGCUGGGCGAGGCGGAGGGCGCGGAAGGUGCGGAGGGUGCGGGCGGGGAGGGCCAGGCGCCUACGUUCGCGGUGGAGGCGCACAGCGGGUGGGUGCGGCUGGCGCGCGCGCUGGACCGCGAGGUGCGCGCCGAGCACCGCGUGGCGCUGCUGGCCGCCGACAGCGGCUCGCCGCGCCGCGCCGCCCGCGGCACGCUCAUCGUGCGCCUGCUCGACUACGACGACUGCCCGCCCCUCUUCCAGCAACAACUCUACGAGGCCGAGGUGCGCGAGGACGCGGCGGCGGGCACGGUGGCGGCGCGGCUGCACGUGGCGGACGCGGACGUGGCAGCCGCGCCGCUCGCCUACUUCGUGGCGGCCGGCGACCCCACCGCGCGCUUCCAGCUGCGGGCCGCCUCACUCUCCCCCUCGCCCGCCGCCGAGCUGUUCGUGGCGCGCGCGCUCGACCGCGAGCACACGCCGCGCUACAACCUCACCGUCGCCGCCACCGACGGCAAGUUCACCGCCUACACGCGCGUACUGCUCACCGUGCUCGACGUCAAUGACAACCCGCCAUACUGCACGCAGUACCGCAUCCGUACGCAGCUCGCAGAGAACGCAGAACACGGAUCACGCGUGGCGGCGCUGUGCGUGCGUGAUGACGACGAGCCGCAUAACGCGCGCCUGCGCUUCUACCUCACCGGCGACAACGCGACGCACUUCGCUAUACACAAGGAAACCGGAGUGAUCACGGUGGCUGAAGAGUUAGAUCGUGAAACAAUAUCUGAGUACAAAUUGGUGGCGCAUGCACAAGAUCGAGACCGCCCAAAGUGGGAGUGUAGCACCGAACUAGAGGUAUCACUCGACGACAUCAACGACAACCCGCCUCGUUUCUCCGCGGAAGUUUACAGUGUGACUCUGCCUGAAGACGCCGACAUCGGUUCUCUCGUCGUAAAAGUGCACGCUACAGACGCAGACCUCGGUGAAAAUAGCCUCGUCCGCUACUCUUUCGUAGAAGAGGGUAACGAGGCAUUCGAACUGAUGGGCGACAGUGGCAUCAUCACGCUGCGCGCGGCGUUGGACCGCGAGACGCAGGCCGAGCAUCUCCUACGCGUGCGCGCGAGUGACUCGGGCACGUCGUCGCGCUCCGCCACCGCCACCGUACGCCUCACCGUCGCUGACGUUAACGACAACCCGCCCGAGUUCGAAUUCAAGCAGUACCACGCCGCCGUGCCCGAGAUGGAUGCGGUCGGCACCGAGGUGAUGCACGUGCGCGCCACGUCGCGCGACACUGGCGUCAACGCGGACGUCUUCUACUCGCUCGUCGCCGGUGACGACCGCGAAGACUUCGCCGUCGACCGCACGAACGGCGCCUUGACGGUAGCGCGCCCUCUCGAUUUCGAGCGCAGGAAGCAAUAUUUCUUGACGGUGCAGGCCCUUGACGGGGGGACCCCGCCGCUUAGUGACCAUGCCACCAUAAAUAUCACCGUGCUAGACGGCAACGACAACGCGCCGGUGUUCUCGCAGACGUCGUACGGGGCACGCGUGCGUGAGGACGCGGCGGUAGGCACGCGCGUGCUGCAAGUGAUCGCUGACGACGCGGACGCGGGCGCCAACGGGCGCGUGACGUACGUGAUCGCGCGCGGCGACCGUGACGGCCGUUUCGCAGUGGACGCCGACACCGGCUACGUGUCGGUGGCGGCGCCGCUGGACCGUGAAGCGACGCCCGCCUACGUGUUGGAGCUGCGCGCGCGCGACCGCGGCCUGCCGGCGCUCGAGGCCUCCGCCUUUCUCAACAUCGAGGUGCUCGACUGCAACGAUAACCCGCCGCUUUUCGCACAGACCAACUACACUGCGAUCAUUCAGGAGGAUAAGCCUCUCGGCCACACUAUUUUAAAAUUUGUCGUCGAGGAUGCGGACGCCGCGCCGAAUGCGGCCCCCUUCGUUUUCGACUUUCAAUCGGGUAACGAGAUGGGCGCGUUCCGCUUGGAGCAGGACGGAUAUCUGCGAUCUGCUACUCGAUUCAAUCAUCGCAUUAGGGAUCAAUAUGUGCUACAAGUGCGCGUAUUCGACAAUGGAAUCCCGCCUCUGUUUUCCGACGCAUGGGUUUAUAUCAAGGUUAUCGAAGAAUCCCAUCAUCCGCCGGUCGUAACGCCGCUUGAAAUAGUCAUAAACUCGUACCUCGAUGAAUUUCCUGGUGGCGUAAUAGGACACGUGUUCGCUUCGGACCGAGACGCUUACGAUACUUUUACUUACGCGCUCGCUCCCGUAGAUGGUGCGCCUUAUCCGUCUACCGAUCUUUUCGAAAUCGACGCCACAGCAGGUACACUGCGUGCCGCACCUCGAAUAGACGUCGGGGACUACCGCCUCAACGUGACCGUCGAUGAUGGCAAAUUCGUUAGCUUUGCCAUAGUCCACGUCGCCGUGGUGCUAAUCUCGGACGAGAUGCUCAUGCAGGCGAUCGUCGUCCGCUUCAGGGAAGUGACCGGUCGCGACUUUGUUCUCAGUCAUCGAAAGGGAUUCAUUCGCGCGGUCCACGAAGCGACUCGGUGCCGACAGACGGACGUAGUGAUCAUCGGAGUUCAGUCUUCCGACAAUGACUUCGAAGCGGAACCGGAGCGACCUCGUCGCAUCGCCCGCCAGGUGGCGCAAGACCUGGAUGUGGCGUUCGCAGUGCGCGCGGGCGAUGGCGGCGGUUUCCUGCCCGCGGACGCGCUGCGCCGCGGCCUGCACGCGCACCUCGAGCGCCUGGAGGAGGGCGCGCGCCUCGUGGUGGAGGAGCUGGUGCGCGCGCCGUGUGGUGGUUGCGAGCACGGCGCGUGCGCCGAGCGCGUGCAGCUGCGAGCCUCUGGCGCGCGCGCUGUCGCCAGCGACGUGUUCUCGCUGGUCGUGGCGCCGUUCCGACUGCGCGCUGAAUGCGCGUGCGUGCCGGGCUACGAUGGCGAGCGAUGCGAGCGCCUGAUACCCGCCUGCGCGAGCUGUGGCGAUGCGCGUUGCGAGCUCGUGCCCGAACUGCCCGGCUAUCGCUGCUGCGAGAACGAUGCGGAUGCGGACGGGAGUGAGGAGUGCCGCCCGCCGGCCGCCGUCGCCUACUUCCCAGGCGACGGUUACCUGGCGUACCGGCUCGACGGCGGCGUGGUGGACGGCGAGCGGACGCCGGAGGAUGUGCUGACGGUGUCGCUGCGGUUCCGUACGCGGCGCUCGCGCGGCGUGCUGCUGCACGUGGCGGGGCGCGUGGACUACGCGGUGCUGGAGCUGGCGGAGGGACACGUGCAGUUCCGCAUGGAGCUAGGCGGCGGAGAGGUGGCGCUGCGCGCGGGUGGGCGCGUGGCGGACGGCGUGUGGCACGCGGCGCGGCUGGAGCGGCGCGGUGCCGGCGUGUGGCUUACGGUGGACGGGCGCUCGGCGCGCGCACAGGCGCCUCCGCGCCACCAACUACUGGACGCGCACGCCGCCCGCCUGCUGCUAGGCGCCGCCCUGCUGCGACACGCCUACGCAACUGCACCCGAGCAGGUAACAUACGGUUUUCACGGGUGCAUGAGUGACGUGAAGAUCGGUACGAGCGAGGUGCCGCUGGUGGAGGGCGACACGUCAGCGGAUGGGCGCGUGCAACUGGCGCGACGCGUGCGCGUGCGCGUGGCGGCCGAGUGCCCCGCGCUGCCGCCGCCCGGUGCCUGCGCCGCGUACCCGUGCCUGCACGGUGGCACGUGCCGCGAGCUGCUGACGCUGCUGGAGGGCGGCGACGCGUUCCAGUGCACGUGCCACGCGCGCUUCGCCGGCCGCCUGUGCGAGCUGGACACGGACCCGUGUGCGUCGCAGCCCUGCCUGCAUGGCGGGCGCUGCUCGCCGGAGCGCGGCGGCUUCCGCUGCGAGUGUGCGGCGGGCCUGUCCGGCGAGCGGUGCGAGCGCGGGCGCUGGUGUGCGGCCGGCGUGUGCGCGCACGGCGGCACCUGCGAGGAGGGCGAGCGCGGGCCCUCGUGUCGUUGCCGUGGGUACUACGGCCCGCGCUGCGAACACGACGUCGACGAGUGCGCGGGUGAGCCCUGCCUCAACGGAGCCACCUGCCUCAACGAGCCGGGCUCCUUCCGCUGCCUCUGUCCGCCGGACAAGACCGGUAUGAACUGCGGCAACCCACUGUACUCGGACGCGGUGGUGGUAGGCGAGGUGGUCGCGGGCGGCGUGCGCGACGUGCGGUCAGCGUGGCGCUGGGCGGUUCGCGCGCGCUGGCCGCUGUGCGCGGGUGGCGUGGCGCUACUGCUGCUGCUGGCCGCGUGCGCCGCGUGCGUCGCUCUCAAGCUGCGCGGUCGCGGCCCCGCCCCGGCCGCCGCGCCGCUCAACAGCGCGCUCGACAAGGCGCCGCCGCCGCGCGCCUCCAAGCUAUCCAACCUGGAGGCGUCGCGCCGCGAGCGCCCCCCCUCCUGUGCCGAGCCGCCGCCGCUCAACAACAUCGACACGUUGCGCAGCUACGGCUCGGCUGGCGACGAGCUCGAGGGCAUCCCGCCCGACUACCUGCGCAAUCUCAAUAUCGACCUCUCCGAUCGCAAGCCUUGGUCCGAGCAAAUGCAUUUGCAAACUUUCGUCGACAAUAAAAUUUACAACGAUCUAAAAGGCUGCAAGCGGCAACCGCGAGCGCCUCCGGUUGUGAUGGCGGGUGCGGGCGAGCCGCACAUGGUAGGCGGCUACCACUGGGACUGCUCGGACUGGUGCGGCGGCGGCGCGCUGCCCGGCAUCAGCGAGGUGGCGGGCUCGGAACGCCCGGACUCGUCGUCACCGCCAUCGCCGCCAUCGCCAGCGGCACGCGCGCGUGCGCCGCGCCGGGCCCGCGCCCGCGCCGCACCCCGCAACUCCCCCUCCUCGCCCGCCUCGCCCACACUCGCCGCCGACACGGACUCUGCGCCAGACGACCUGGACCGAGACCUAGACACGUUGCGCUUUACUGAUGCGAGUUCGUACCUACUGCAUCCGGACGAGUACCUGCCGGCGGCGGCGAGCGACGACACGUUGCGUGCACGCGGUCUGCGGGAACCCGACGCCGCCAGCCUCAUCACCAUGCUCGCAGAGGAGCGGCACUCGCUGCUGGGCGGCGCGGGCUCGUGCAGCGACCUGUCGGCCAACCUGUGCGAAAUCGAGGACUCUGAGGCGGAGGAGGCGGAGGGCGCGGGGAGUGCGGGGGGCGCGGCGCGGCACACGGAGGUGUGA